UCAUCUUUUUUUAUAUAUCAAACUCAUUCCCCCAGUAUACUUGCCUCGAUCUGCCAUUGACUCCACUACUUCCUUUGUGUGUGUGAGAGAGAGAGAGAGAGAAGGAUGGGACAUCACUCUUGCUGCAACAAGCAGAAGGUGAAGAGGGGGCUUUGGUCGCCUGAAGAAGAUGAAAAACUCAUCAAUUACAUUUCAACCUAUGGCCAUGGUUGCUGGAGCUCUGUCCCUAAACUUGCUGGCCUGCAGAGAUGUGGAAAGAGCUGCAGACUAAGGUGGAUAAAUUACCUGAGACCUGACUUAAAACGUGGGAGCUUCUCCCCCGAAGAAGCAGCCCUCAUAAUUGAACUCCAUAGCAUUCUAGGAAACAGAUGGGCUCAGAUAGCGAAGCACCUACCGGGACGAACAGAUAAUGAGGUGAAAAACUUUUGGAAUUCAAGCAUAAAGAAGAAGCUCAUAAUCUCCCAAGAGGUUGUAGUUCCUGCUGAUCAUCAUCAUCAUACACACAGCUACCAUUGUAAUAAUUCUGAACAAGAAGCUUUCUUCUCUCUAAAUGCAAACCCUAAUUUUCUCCUGAGCUCUCAACUACAAGACCAGCUGUACCAGCUUCCUUCUUCAACCUCACCCUUACAAACCAACAAUUUGCUUCAUUUUCCACCUCUUAUGCCUCCAUCAAUACCAAUUUCUUCCUCUUGUGACCCCCUCUGGUCAUUAGAGCACCAAAAUUUCAGCAUAGGAGCAACUAUACAUUAUAUUAAUGGAGAUAAUAAUAAACUUAAUGAUCCAAACAUCACACCAUCUCAGGAUCCUGCAUUAUUUACACUGCCUCCUCCUAUGCCAAAACUUUGUGAAUACAGCAUGCCAUAUUCAUUUUCUUCACAAGAAACUUUUGACCCUCUUUCUAGACUCCCAUGUUUUCCAUCUGGUUCCAACCAUGCACAUGAACUGCACGUGCCCAACAAUCAAAUGGAGUACAUUGACGCCAUCAUGUCAUCCCUGACAUCAUCGUCUUCUUCAUCAGCAUCAUCAUUGUCAACCGGUCAAUUUGUCACAAACCCUAAUCUUCCUUCAAGGUGGAAGCCUUAG